CAGCCUCUGUUGUCGCGACCCGUUGUUUGGUUUUGCCAGUGAGAAGCAGGACCAUUCAGCUUUUCCCAAUAUGCUGCGAUUGUGUGUAGUCGUGCUCCUCGCCUCCACCGCAUGUGCACUGGGAGCCUCGCUGCCGGUUCGCCGCUUGGCUCACACUGGUCCAGCCAGGAGGUUGGGCGUAGCUGCAGGCCGAAUCUAUGGAGGCCACGACGCAGCGAGGGGCGAAUUCCCAUAUAUAGUGUCGCUGAAGAUAGUGGGGACGUUCACCAAGAGCCACCAUUGCGGAGGCGCCAUCAUCUCCAGUACGUCUGUGCUCACAGCAGCCCACUGCAUCACCAACAUCGACAAAUCGAUUGCAGUGGCUGGAGAACUGGACCAGAGCACCGACGAAGGCACGGAGCAGGAGGUGAGGAUUUCGCAGAUGAUCAAGCACCCAGACCACCCAGGUGGUAUUGACGUGAGCCCUAACGACAUCGCUAUCUUCAAACUGAUGACCGCCUUCACGUUCAACUCUUUUGUCCAACCCAUUAACCUGCCCAGCGCCGGAGUUGUUCCCACAGAUGGAUCAUCCGCUGUUGCGCUUGGCUGGGGAGAGACAGAAGACGAAGGCGAACCGGAUAUCCUGCAGACUGUAGACGUCGUCAUCAUCGAUCAAGCGACUUGCUCGCAGCUGAUCGACAGCUUAAUAACGGAAAACCAGCUGACUGACACUAUGAUUUGCACAGGCCCAGUCACAGGAGGAACCGGUGUCUGCUACGGUGACUCUGGUAGUCCAGUUACUCAGGACGGCAUGGUGAUUGGCGUGGCUUCAUGGACCAUCAUGCCCUGUGCCACAGAGAGGUCCCCAAGUAUAUACACCAGGGUAUCCGCCUUCCUCGACUUUGUUAAUGAACACAUUUAGAAGUGUAUAUUAUCCAUUUUAAUCACCAGUCUUUAGACUACCGUCAUUCUUGGUACCGUAGCAAUUUUUCCUUGUUCCUUAUUCUUGAAAGCGCCUUCUACAGCCUUCUCUCCCCAGAUAGUCUUUUUAACACUUCUUCAUUUGUAUCUUUAACUGUACAGUUAACGUAUUUUUUUCUGUAGCGGCACGUUACAAUUUUUUUCUAUUUCUUAUAAGAACUUCAGAUGGUACUCUUCCACUUCCACACUAUACUGUAUUCCAAAUGUUGCUAUUUCUUCCUCAUUUCCAUACCGAUAUUCGGAACCAGUAGAGCCCUGCUGGUAAAGAAAGCUUUCUUGUUCGUGCUGUUCUGCUUCUCAUGUUUUCCUUGUUCCGGAUAUCGUGUUUAACUUUACAUCCUGGGAUAGCAUAAAUUUCCUUUUUCCACUACAGUGCCGUACGCAACAUUAAUAUUAAGGAAAUUGUUAUUUUCUCUCCUACUACUUUGUAUUACAAACCAAUAAAUGUACAAUAUCAU